AUGGCGUCGCUCACCUCAUCCUGCGCCAACUGCGCCAUGCCUGCUACACUUCAAUGUACCGGCUGCAAGGAUACACCCGAGUAUAAGCAUGGAGAUGCGAGCCCUGUGUUCUACUGCAGCAAAGCGUGCCAGACGGACCAUCGCCCCAGACACCUAGCCCACUGCAAGACCAUGGCGACGCGAAAGAAGCUCGUCCGCAUCGCAGCCGUCUGCAAGGCAGCUGUGCUUGGUUACCGGGAACUCGAAUACGACGUUGAACUCUCAGCCAUCGAGCUUCUGAACAACCGCUUCCUCCUUGCAGGGUCCACUGAGAGUAGCACUAAAGAUUUCUCCACAGCCCACCAUAUUCUUACUUCUUACUCGUCACUGCUAGAUGCCCCAGAGUCCAGACCGAACUGCGAAAUGGCGCGGCUCAAGUGGUCUUUCUCAGAAUGGAAGCAUCUUUUCGCAAAGCACCUCGCAUCGCAGCCUGCAGAUGCGGAACAAAAACGAGAAUAUGAUCAGAAAUUUCUUGAUCAAAUACCCGACCAGGCAAAGAUACCCAUAAUUGCCGCAAGCAGCUGCUCGCUGGCCGACCUCAAUAACAUCUUCUCUCUCAAGGAGAUACCCGACCCUAACCCAUUCUUCCGACUUCGCGAAAAUGAGUGGAUGUCCCUUCCGACCGAGUUUGAAGAAAGAUUACGCGCGGAUUUAGAUAUGAUGGGCCGCGAUCCAAGGAACGAAACAGAGUGCCGUUUGACCAUCACAGCGCUCCUAUUAGAAUGCCUGAGAAGUGAGAGGCAACUGAUCUCCCGCGAUACUAUACGCGAUACUAUAACGAAUCUCCCGGAGUUUACCCUGGAGACUCACCUUACGCUGAAUGUCAUUCACAAAGGCGUGCUGAAGCAAAUGUCAGGGGAUAUGGAUUAUUCUGUUUGGCAUGAACAAGAUGAUUAUGGAACACAUCUCACCAUAUUAGAGGCUAAAGACCUUGGCGGAGUAUCAUCAGGCAUUAGUCAAUGCUUGGCAUAUAUGUGCAUGAUCCACCAAAUCCGGAAGCAGGCUGGAAGGGUGAACUGUGUUGUUUACGGCUGCGUUACCGAUGGGCGCGACUUCACGUUCCUGAAAAUCAACAACAACACUGAGUGGACUCAAUGGAGACCGACUGCGUUCUGGAACCAAACAACGAAGCAUCAAAUAUACACAAUGUUACGACUAAUCAUACGCAAUGCCAUAACGUCUUCCCCUCGGUCUUCGGUUGUGCCAAUAACGCGACCCCUCAACCCUGAACAACCGCUGACGUUCACGCCCGGCCACUAUCACAUGCGAAUUGGCAGUGAGGAAGAUGAGCAGCUGGAGUAA